AGGACUAGUCUUACGCUGACAUAUUCAAGAUCCAUCCAUAGCCGUUGGAGUAGCAUUCCAGUACGUAUGUCCUUAUCAUAUCUCUGUGUAGUAAUCUGACUUUCAGCAUGCUCAACGGCACAUUCAUGCACCAACUGCACAACCACCAUCUGUGCCGUGCAGUGUACACAACCACUACACCGUUAAAGUCUAGCGCAUGAUCACAAACGAAGCAAAUUUUGGUUAGUCUAUGAUUCCGUCAUACUACCGAUUUUUGUCCAGGAAACUAUGGCGCCGGCGGCCCUUCUUCUGCUCAUACUCCUGCUGUUGAGCCGUGACGGCGAGGUGGCCUCGUCGCAGGACGAUGCCCAGUUCGCCUACCAAGGCUUCGCCGGCGCCAACCUUACCCUGGACGGCCUCGCCGCCGUCAUGCCCGGCGGCCUGCUCGCGCUCACCAACUUCACGCAGCAGACUAAGGCCCACGCCUUCCACCCCGCCCCGCUCCGCUUCCUCGGCGGCUCGGCCAACGCCACGGCGGUGCGCUCCUUCUCCACGUCCUUCGUCUUCGCCAUCGUGUCGGGCUACGACGGCCUCAGCGACCACGGGCUCGCCUUCGUCGUCGCCCCGACCACCAACUUCACCACCGCCAACUCCGGCCAGUACCUCGGCCUCCUCAACACCACCAACGGCACCGCCAGCGCCCCCAUCUUGGCCGUCGAGCUCGACACCAUCCUCAGCCCCGAGUUCCGCGACAUCAACAGCAAUCACGUCGGCAUCGACGUCAACAGCCUCGUGUCGCGGCAGGCCCAGCCGGCUGGCUACUACGACGACGACGGCGGCGGCGCCCUUCGGGACCUCAGGCUUAACAGCCGACAGCCCAUGCAGUUGUGGGUGGACUACGACGGCCAGUCCAAGCGGCUCGAGGUGACGUUAGCGCCCGUGCAGGUGCCCAAGCCCAGGAGGCCUCUGCUCUCCGAGGCCAUCGAUCUCUCCACGGUCAUGGCGGACGCCAUGUACGUCGGCUUCUCGGCGUCGUCGGGAGUCAUCUCGGGGCAUCACUAUGUGCUCGGAUGGAGCUUCAGCUUGGACGGGCCUGCCCCGCCUCUUGAUUUCUCCAAGCUUCCUGCCCUGCCACGCCUGGGACCCAAGCCUCGGUCCAAGGUACUGGACAUCGUGUUGCCGCUGGCUAGCGCGCUGCUCGUCGCAGCGGCGCUGGCUGCGGUCUUCUUCUUUCUCUGGCGUCGGCGCCGGUUCGCCGAGGUGCGUGAAGGCUGGGAAGACGAGUUCGGCCCCCACCGAUAUGCAUACAAAGAUCUGCAUCGUGCCACUGAUGGGUUCAGGGAAAAAAAUUUACUUGGCGUCGGAGGGUUUGGGAGAGUGUACAAAGGCCUGCUUUCUGAAUCCAAUUUGGAGAUCGCCGUGAAGAGGGUGUCGCAUGAAUCAAGGCAGGGACUGCGGGAGUUCGUUGCCGAGGUGGCGAGCAUUGGCCGUCUCCGGCACCGGAAUCUCGUGCAGUUAUUGGGCUACUGCCGGCGCAAGGACGAGCUUAUCUUGGUGUAUGACUACAUGUCAAAUGGCAGCCUUGACAAGUACUUGCACGAUCCAAACAUGCCCGCCAUAUCUUGGCCUGAAAGGUUCUCGAUCAUCAAAGGGGUUGCAUCAGGCGUGCUGUAUCUCCACGAGGAUUGGGAAAAGGUUGUCAUCCACAGAGAUAUCAAGGCAAGCAAUGUGCUCUUGGAUGAACAGAUGAAUGGAUGCCUCGGCGAUUUUGGCCUAGCAAGGUUAUACGAUCAUGGAACCGUCGCUCAAACAACCCAUGUUGUUGGCACCAUGGGAUACCUUGCACCAGAGCUUGUGCGCACCGGGAAGGCAACACCCUUAACCGAUGUCUUCGCAUUCGGUGUCUUUCUCCUAGAGGUUGCAUGUGGACGACGACCGAUCGAGCGUGGCAAGCGAAACAACCCUAUAGUGAUGAUUGAUUGGGUGCUUGAGCACCACCGCAGUGGAUCGUUACUCAAGGCGGUGGACCCACGACUAACGGGAAAGUUUGACACAGAGGAGGUUACCCUCGUGCUGCAACUAGGUUUGUUGUGCUCGCACCCAUUGCCUGAUGCAAGGCCUAGUAUGCGAAAGGUUACACAAUACCUAGAUCGUGGGCAGUCGGUUCCUGAUCUGUCGCCGACUUACAUGAGCUACAGCAUGUUGGCGCUGAUGCAGAAUGACGGCUUCGAUUCGUACAUUAUGUCGUACCCUCCAUCAGCGACUAGUACUGCUGCGGUGUCUUAUGGGUCUUCGAUGACCUUUCUCACCGAGGGCAGAUGAAGUUGUCUGUAUGUGUUCAACUUCUUUUUGAUGUUUCAUUUAGAAGAAGCUUAUCUCUGAGGCCGGGUAAUAAUUAAUUUGUGAUCCUAUCUUUUCUUUUUGAUACAGUGGACUUUGAUUAAUAAAGUUUGGCCUUACCCCUAAAAAAAAA